UUUAGGAAAAUCGCUUUUAAGGACUCAUCGUUGCCUGACCGCUCUCAAGAACUAAUUUUGAAAAACGUUAGGCAACAUUAUACGCAUGAAUAAUGGGCGAGUCAUCUGAAAAUUUCUUUCACAAGGUGCUUAUCCAUAGCAGUUUGGUAGCUUGUGUAUAGAAAUGAAGUGAUGGCAUUGGCGGUGGAGGGCAAUGCGUCCUGGACAUGGAGGCCGAGGCGCAAUUACAGUUUCUCUCAUAAACACCCAACUAUUUCUAUCAGACAGUUCAGGAUUUUAUGUAUGCAGCCGCAAGAGCAACAGCCAUAUGAACCAGUUCUGGUGGUCAUAGGAGGUGGAGCAGCUGGUAUGUUUGGAGCAAUUAGAGCUAAGAAUAUUGUACCCCAACUAAAGGUUCUAGUUAUUGAGAAAGGAAAGCCUUUGACUAAGGUACGGAUAUCUGGUGGUGGUCGUUGCAAUUUGACAAAUAGUCAUUUCCUAGAUACAUUGCUUUUGGCUGAUCAGUAUCCAAGGGGGAAUAGAGAACUACGAGGCUCUUUUUUUAAGAGUCAUGGACCAAGAGACACAAUAUCAUGGUUCACUAAUCAUGGAGUGCAGCUAAAGACAGAGGAUGAUGGGAGAAUUUUUCCUGUAAGUGACAGCUCUUCUACAAUUGUUGAUUGCCUUCUUGGAGAGGCUUGCAGAAAUGGAGUCAUAUUGGAAACUGGCAAAGUUGUUACUUGCAUAACCCGCAAUGUAGAUGGAAGGUUUGAAAUCAAGAUUGGCCGGGCGACUGAUGGAUUGAAUCAGACAAUUCAAUCAGAUUAUUUAUUGAUUGCAACUGGUAGCUGUCAACAGGCUCAGGGUCUUGCUGUUCAACUGGGUCAUACAGUAAUAGAGCCUAGACCAAGUCUAUUUACUUUUAAAAUUAAAGAUCCAAGUCUCAACAAAUUAGCAGGGGUAACCUUUUCAAGAGUGCGUGCAAAACUGAAACUUUCAAAUGUGAAAGGAAAUGCCUCUCAAUUAAUACAGGUUGGCCCUUUGUUGAUUACCCAUUGGGGUUUCAGUGGACCAGUGAUUCUUCGUUUGUCUGCUUGGGCUGCAUGCCUUUUGUUCUCCACAAAAUAUCAAGGUACUUUGCUGGUCGAUUUAACCCCAGAUCUUCACGUUGAAGACAUUAAACACAUUCUUCUUAGUCAAAAGAACAGUUUUCCUAAAAAUAAGUUGAGAAAUUCGGUUCCUGCAUCAUUCCUUUUUGUGAGAAGGUUCUGGCAAUAUCUUCUUGCACGUGAGGGCUUGGACGAAAAUACAUUGUGGGCAUCUUUAUCUCAUCACAGUUUGCAAAAACUUGCAACUGUAAUAAAGCAAUGCUCUUUUGAUGUAUCUGGAAAGGGUGAAUACAAGGAUGAGUUUGUGACAGCUGGAGGAGUCCCACUUUCUGAGAUCAAUUUAAACACCAUGGAGAGCAGGAUGUGUCCUCGCCUUUUCUUUGCUGGAGAGGUGUUAAAUGUUGACGGAUUAACGGGCGGAUUUAAUUUCCAGAAUGCAUGGACAGGAGGUUAUAUUGCAGGAACAACUAUUGGAAAGAUGGUGUCAUCUUCAGUGAGUAGGCUCACAAUGUUAUCAUCGUCUAAAGAUGAAACUUUAUUAUAAAAAACGUUUGACUUCGAUUUACAUUUAUUCAAAACAAUUGUUUACCAUUUAAUGGUUUUCAUAUUAUUUUUUGGAGGAAUUCAAUUAUCAUAUGAUAAGUUUCCUUGUGUUAGGUUCAUUGCAUAAUUUGUGAAAAAUAAUAAAUUAAAUAUUAGUGGCAUAGAAGUGGACAUUUUAGAUUUUGAAUGUGUUCAUUAGUUGGAAAACAAUU